AUGGCCGACUCCUCUGGGCGCGCGUCUUCGCCCUCUGUCGUUGCCGGGGACGGUGCGCCUGUCCAGCGCGGUGAGGCGCGAUCUCGUGGUGACGCGGCUCACGAGGGCGUAGCGGGCGGCGCGUCCGAGUCGCAAGAGCAGCAGCAGCAAGACCCGGCCCUAGAACCGCCACAGCCUCGUCCAGAGCAACAACAACAGCAAGAGGAAGCGGAAGACGGCGCCGGCGCCGGCGCAAGCUCACCCCAACGACAACAAGCGCAGCAGCAGCCACCGGCCGCAGGACAACCACCGCCGCCGCCGCCGCCGGCCUCCCCCCCGCUGCCGGCGCGGCACACGGCCGCGGCGCCGGGCCCGCGGGCGGCGCGGCUGCGCGAGACGUACGCGCACGCGCUGCGGCGCACCCUGGCCAAGCUCGCGUCGUGGGAGCACUUUGCCGGCUGCUACCCGACGGUGGCGGCGCGUGCCGAGGGCGUGCUGCGCCAGGUGCAGGCCCAGAUGGUGGACAAGCUGGGCGACAAGUGUGAGAAGGAAUUCGAUAAUAUCCUCGACGCGAGGGGCGUCGUGCCCAAGCUCAACGAGCUCGAAGCCCUCAUCGCCGACGCAGCGGAGCGGCGCGACGCAACAUCCUCCUCGUCCACCGACGCCGCCGAACCAACCCCGCCACACCUCCUCGCGCCGUCACAGAUCCUCGCCGCACACCUGGCCGCGCACCUGGCGCCGCACCAGUCGCUGCUCAACGCGAAGCUGCAGACGACGCAGGCCCAAAACGCCCUGCUGGCCGCCGCCGUCGCCCGCCAGCGCGCCGAGCUCGACGCCCUGCUGGCCCGCCUCGACGACGCCGUCGCCGACGUCCGCGGCGCAAACGACGCCCUCGGCGCCGUCGCCGCUGACCUCGCCGACGAGGCUAGGGCUGCUGCCGUCGAUGCCGGGACGUGA